GUUAAUUGUAAUCAGCUGUUUUUUGUUGAUAGUUUCAAGGAAAACACAAUUUAUUCGACGAAAAUUGCGUUUUAUUACAACUCUCCGAGCAAUAAUACAACGAAAUGGGAACCUGGGUGCUGGAGGUAGCCAAGAUGGGCAUGUACAUGGCAUUUCCGGUGACGCUGUUCCACUUGUUCAACCAGCCGGAAUACUUUGAAGAAUGGGUGACCAAGAAGAAGCGGGAACUUUAUCCGCCGGAAAGCAAAAGCCACCACGAGGAGCUGCAGCGGGCGAUCCGUGAACACCACGCCCAGCACGACGCCAAAAUGAUGCGUGCUAUGGAGGAGGCGGAGGGCAAGCAGAAGAAGUAGAUAUUUCGUUACCACCAAUCAUCCUGCUAAUCCCACGUUAUAUAAUCGGGGGCAAGCAAACAACCGAUGCUCCGGAUGGAUGUGACUAACUGUUCUGUAACGACGUAAUAAAAACGUAUUGUAUUCAACCGAACAACACUCGAA